GUUCGAGGAAAACAUCCCGAAGAAUCACGUUGCGAACGGUUCUUUGCGGUUUUUUAUGAAACAAGAUGGAUCCUGUCACGUUGUCGUCGAAAGCCAGCGUUGAGCAUUUGGUUGUCGAUGCCGGUGGAUUUAUAAAGAACACAGCGCUCCAUGAAGUUGGACGAAGAAUCUACACCCUCCCAGAAGUGAUCAGUGAAAUAAAGGACAAUGCUACGAAGCAGAGGCUUCAAGUAUUGCCGUAUGAAAUUCAGUACAGAGUGCCACCUCCAGAAAUUAUUAAGAUCGUUACAGAUUUCUCGAAGCAAACGGGAGAUUACCCAAGUCUCUCAGCGGUUGACAUCAAGGUUCUCGCCCUCACCUACCUGUUAGAGAAGGAGUUUAUCGGAACAGAGCACCUCUGCCAGAAGCCCAAGUCAACUCAGGUGUUGCCGCACGAUGCAUUGAAGGGUGCUACAGCCUCCCCCGGUUUCUUUGGUCCUGCAAAUAAUGUGCUAGAAGUCGAACAAGUCCAUAACGAACGUGUGCAAGAGGGUUCAGGAGACUCCCGUAUUAAGAGCGACCAGCAGGAAAAGGAUGAGUCGUGCACGAAUGAAAGCAGCGAGAACGAAGAAUCCGAAGAGGAGGAAACAUGGAUAACGCCAUCCAAUAUCACAGAGAUAAAACGACAGAUGGGUGCUCUGACUGUGGAAGAUGGAAUUAUGCCCGUGGCCUGCAUUUCCACUGACUUUGCAGUGCAGAACAUGCUAAUUCAAAUGGGACUCAAGGCAGUGUCUGUGGAUGGGAUGAUGAUCAAGCAUGCCCGAACAUUCAUUUUGAGAUGUCAUGCCUGUUUUACUACUACAAAGAUCAUGACAAAGCAGUUUUGUCCUGGCUGUGGCAACAAGACCCUAAAAAGGGUGUCAGUUUCAGUGGAUGAAGAUGGAACUACCAGACUCUUCAUCAACUACAAGAAACCAAUCAACAUUCGUGGUACCCGGUUCUCCCUGCCAACACCCAAAGGAGGCAAGCAUGCAAAGAACCCCAUUUUGUGCGAGGACCAGCCCGUGCCCCAGAACCGCCUGUCAAAGAUGGCUCUGAGCAAGGUGGAUGCCUUGGACCCAGACUACCUCUCCAGGAAUUCCCCCUUCAAGGUGAACGACGUGUACAGCCGUUCAGCCAACCUCAAUGUCCGAUUAGAUCACCUCGGAUCCCGGAACCCGAACCAAGUCAAGCGAAACACCGGUAACCACAAGAAGAAGAGGCAGUGAUCCACAUGUUUUUCGUUUGGAGUCAAUAAAAGGAUGGUACUUA